AUGCCUCUCGAGUCGACCACUCCCAAACCGACACUGGUGCCUGCACCACGUAUCUCCAACCCUUCUGCGAGUCCAGCACUCCACUCCCGCGAGCGUCAUCAUCCAAGACGCUCCUCAACCCGCCAGUCGUUCUCGUCAAACGUACGACGCAACUCUUCUCUCUCUAGCCAACCUUCUGACAUCUGUCGGACCCUCGUUGCUCAGGACCAUGACUCGUUCAGCUACGACACCGACCACCUCCGCGAGUGGUACAUGUCCUCUGGCCUAUGGACUCAGCUUCCCCAGUCGCUCCGUGACAGCAUCACGACGCUUCAGCACGCCGGUGCCGCAGUCUCCACGUCCUUCCAACGCCUCCAGGACCUGAAAAGCCAGAUGAUCACCGAGAUAGAGGAAGGCAAGGACGAGGACGAAGAAGACCUCCUGUCAAGCUCCAAGAUGAGCGCCUUGAGCCUUGCUGAGCCCGCGUACCCGUAUCACGACGAUUCUGGCCUCGGACCAUCUCCAGCAGAAUCGUUCGCCAAUAUCAAGAAGAAGUUCGGAUCAAUCACCAUCCUCGACCGUACGUGCUCUGACUCCGUGAUCCGCAGCGUGCCCGCUCUGUCAAUCGGCUCCUCGCCCUCGCCCCCUGUCUCAGCCGUAUCCGAUACAUCGCUGCCUCCAACCCCCGUCUCACCCAUCACCAAGGCCGGCUACGCUUUCGGCGGUGGCGCCAACCUACCCUCGCCCUCUCCACUGCCCACAAAGACGGGAUCCGAUGAAUGCAACUCCCCUGCUCUCAGCACAGAGCGCUCCUUCCAGCUCCCAGCCAAACCCAUGACCGCCUACUUCCGCGCCGAGCUCUUCCACCUCAAGUCCGAGACUCUGGUCCGACUGCGCCACGCGAGCCGCAAAGUCGACGUGGAGAUCUUCGAGACGGAGGGCGCGCUCGACAAGGCGUUUCGGGAGUGGUGGGUGGCUACCAAGGAGAAGGUCGACUCGUGCGAGCGCAGGGUGGUCGAGAUGACGGCGCACUUGUGA